AAUCAAAGUGGAGUUUUUCUCGGGUUCGUUUCCACUUGUCCACCUCCCACUCGGCACUCUCCUCGCUCCAAGCUUCCAAUCCGCUAAUCUCUCCCUCCCUUCCUCCGAUCACCUCGAUCUCCUCAUGAAGACGGUUAAAUAUAGAAUCUAUCAUCGGGAGGAGCAAGGGAGGAAGGUGAGCCAUCAGAGAGAGAGAGAGAGGAGGGCGAUCAAAGGGAGUCGAGAGGGAGCAUUGAUUGAUUGAUGGAUAGCCCACCAGGGAGCGCGAAGUCGAGCCCGGAGGCGGAGUUGGGUCAUCGAUUGGAGGAUUUGUGGGACAUUCAGGAGCCGCAACUUAGCCCCACCGAGAAGCUCAACUCCUGCUUCGAGAGCAUCCUCGUUGCUGCCUUCCCUCCGGCCCCAUCCUCCGAAGUGGUUGAGAUACCUUCUGAUUCUACUCUGGCCAAUGCAAUUGAAAUCCUAUCCAAGCACAAGAUAAUGAGUGCACCAGUUCGAGAUGUGGAAGCGCCAGAGAAUGCGAGUUGGAUUGAUAGAUACAUUGGGAUUGUAGAAUUUGCUGGCAUUGCUGUAUGGAUUCUGCAUCAGUCAGAAGUUGUAGCAAGUGGGAUGAAGGCAAGUCCUGCUGCAACAAGAGAUGCCAAUAAAUUAGCAGCAAAGCUAGGCACAGUUGUUACAUUGGAAAGAACAAUGUCAGGACUAGACAGCUCAGCAAUUCCUGUGGAAGCUAAUGGUGAGAUCAAAGACAAAGUUCAUUCCACAGGAUCAGGAGCUACUGAAGCAACAAUUGCAGGAAAUAUAUUUGAAGUAUUCACUUCUUCAGACUUGUACAAAAUUACAAAGGUUUCUGAUAUCUCGGGUUCAUUCCGUUGGGCACCCUUUCUUGCCUUGCAGAAGUCUGAUUCCUUUUUAACCAUGUUAUUGCUUCUGUCCAAGUACAAAAUGAAGAGUCUUCCAGUAGUUGACCUCGGUGAAGAGAAGAUUGAUAAUAUUAUAACUCAAUCUGCUAUAAUUCACAUGCUUGCGGAAUGUGUUGGGCUUCAUUGGUUUGAAAAUUGGGGAACUAAGAAACUCUUUGAGCUGGGACUUCCUAUUAUGAUGCCUAGGAAGCUAAUAAAGGUGAGGGAGGAUGAACCAGUUCUAAAUGCCUUCCAACUAAUGAGAAACAAAGGAGUUGGCGGACUUCCAGUAGUUGAUGGAAGUGGGAGAAAGGCAAUAGGAACUAUAAGCAUAAGAGAUAUCCACUAUCUCUUAACUCAACCUGCACUAUGUGACAAGUACAGGUCCAUCACUACCAAGGACUUCAUCAUCAAAAUAAAGGCUUAUGUGGAAGAGCAGCAAGUGGUUUCAUCAACGAUGAACAAUGUCGUAACUUGUAAAAGGGAUGACACAGUUAAAGACAUUAUUCUGAGUCUCGACAUGGAGAAGAUACAAAGGAUCUAUGUCGUGGACCAAGAUGAGAAUUUGGAGGGUGUGAUCACACUUAGAGAUAUAAUCUCUAGAUUGGUUCAUGAGCCACAUGGCUACUUUGGAGAUUUCUUCGAUGGGGUUGUUCCACUACCUCAGGGUAGCAGAGUUUAGUUGCUAACAGUCUGGAAGAUUGUUCACUGGUGUUAGCUUCAACUUCAGUUUCAUGUUUUUUGUUUUUUUUUGGUUUUGGUGUUGACCAAUCAAUUCUCUUGAAUAAUUGUGUAGGUUCACUAUUUUGAAAAAUGAUGCUUACCAUCAGCUUUGGAUGGUUGCAGCAGAUGUAAUAUCAGUUUUGAAAAGAAUAAAUAGA